GGGGCGCGGCAGGCGAGCCUGGGGCUGGGCUGAGGCAGAGCGGCUCCGGCGCUGGGGGGUGGACGAGGCUCGCUGCGUCCCAGCCGGGCCCGGAGCCCAUGGAGCGGGGGAAGAUGGCGGAGCUGGAGAGCCUGGAGACGGCGGCGGAGCACGAGCGGAUCCUGCGGGAGAUCGAGAGCACGGACACGGCCUGCAUCGGCCCCACGCUCAGGUCGGUCUAUGAUGGCGAAGAACAUGGUCGUUUCAUGGAAAAGCUGGAAGCCCGAAUUCGAAACCAUGACCGAGAGAUUGAGAAAAUGUGCAACUUCCAUUACCAGGGCUUUGUAGAUUCUAUCACGGAGCUCCUGAAAGUUAGGGGAGAAGCCCAGAAGCUUAAGCAUCAAGUGACAGACACGAAUAGAAAACUGCAGAGUGAAGGGAAGGAAUUGGUAGUAGCAAUGGAAGAGCUGAAACAAUGUCGACUACAACAGAGAAAUAUUUCUGCUACCGUCGAUAAACUAACACUGUGUCUUCCUGUUCUGGAGAUGUACAGCAAACUGAGAGAGCAAAUGACAUCUAAAAGACAUUACCCUGCGUUGAAGACAUUAGAGCACCUUGAGCAUACGUACCUGCCACAGGUGAGCCACUACCGCUUCUGCAAGAUCAUGGUGGAUAAUAUCCCUAAACUGCGUGAAGAGAUAAAAGACGUUUCCAUGUCAGACCUCAAAGACUUCCUGGAGAGUAUUCGUAAGCACUCUGACAAGAUUGGAGAGACGGCAAUGAAACAGGCCCAGCAGCAAAGAAACCUGGAUAAUAUUGUAUCUCAGCAUCCCAGGAUAGGUGGUGGAAAGAAAUAUAAGAAAGAUGUCUGUGCAAGCUCAGAUCUGGAGGUGAAAAACACUAGCCCCAUGUCUGAACAGGAUUCGGGGAUCCUGGAUGUUGAAGAUGAGGAUGACGAUGAAGAGGUGCCUGGUGCCCAGGAUUUGGUGGAUUUCUCGCCCGUGUACCGAUGCUUGCACAUCUAUUCUGUACUGGGUGCCAGAGAAACCUUUGAGAACUACUACAGGAAACAGAGAAGAAAACAGGCUAGACUGGUGCUUCAGCCCCCCUCAAAUAUGCACGAAACUUUAGACGGCUACAGGAAGUAUUUUAAUCAAAUUGUAGGCUUUUUUGUAGUUGAAGAUCACAUCUUACAUACAUCCCAGGGCUUGGUCAAUAGAGCCUAUAUCGAUGAACUGUGGGAAAUGGCUCUGUCAAAAACUAUUGCCGCGCUAAGAACACAUUCAUCUUACUGUUCUGACCCGAAUCUGGUAUUAGACUUGAAGAACCUCAUAGUUCUGUUUGCAGAUACACUCCAGGGGUAUGGCUUCCCUGUAAACCAGCUAUUUGAUAUGCUACUGGAAAUCAGAGACCAAUAUAGUGACACUCUGCUAAAGAAAUGGUCAGGAGUUUUCAGAAAUAUACUUGAUUCAGAUAAUUACAGUCCUAUACCCGUAGCUAAUGAAGAACUUUAUAAGAAGAUAAUAGGACAGUUCCCAUUCCAGGAUCCGGAGCUGGAAAAGCAACCGUUUCCAAAGAAGUUCCCCUUUUCUGAGUUUGUGCCUAAAGUUUACAAUCAGAUUAAAGAAUUCAUCUAUGCCUGUCUAAAGUUCUCAGAAGAUCUUCACCUGAGCUCCACGGAGGUUGACGACAUGAUUCGAAAAUCAACCAACUUGCUGCUGACUCGAAUGCUGAGCAAUUGUUUGCAGACUGUUAUUAAGAGGAGAAACACAGGGCUGACAGAGCUUGUGCAGAUUAUUAUAAAUACGACCCAUUUGGAGAAAUCCUGCAAGUUCCUAGAAGAAUUCAUAACCAAUAUCACCAACGUACUCCCGGAGACUGUCCAUACUACCAAACUCUAUGGCACUACCACCUUCAAGGAUGCCCGCCAUGCUGCAGAGGAAGAGAUUUACACUAAUCUGAACCAGAAGAUAGACCAGUUUUUGCAGCUGGCAGAUUACGACUGGAUGGCCGCUGAACCGGGCAGCAAAGCCAGCGAUUACCUGGUAGAUCUCAUUGCUUUCCUGCGCAGCACCUUUGCUGUGUUCACACACCUACCUGGGGAUGUAGAUGUCCAUUCUACAAUGUCGGGUAAGGUGGCUCAGACUGCAUGUAUGUCUGCAUGCAAACACUUAUCCACUUCACUGAUGCAGCUGCUGCUCGAAGCUGAAGUGAGGCAGCUUACAUUGGGGGCCUUACAGCAGUUCAACCUGGAUGUAGAGGAGUGUGAACAGUUUGCCAGAUCCGGGCCAGUGCCUGGGUUCCAAGGGGACACACUGCAGUUGGCCUUCAUCGACUUGAGACAACUUCUAGAUCUGUUCAUCCAGUGGGACUGGUCGACGUAUUUGGCUGACUACGGGCAACCCACAUGCAAAUAUCUUCGUGUGAACCCAACGACAGCCCUUAUCCUGCUGGAAAAGAUAUCACGAGUGUAAGUAUGCUGCUCGUUUGGGCUUUUACAUUCACCUUGCAAUGAAUCCUUUAUUGUUUGAUUUAAAUGGAGCACUAAACGAUCUAAAUGCAAGCUCUCUUUGAAACUGUUCCCCCCCUGUAACCUUAUCGUCUCAAAUGCACUAAAUACGACUAAAAGAGGAGCUUUUACCGUGUUGCUUUUCUAUGGAUUCAUUUCAACAAAAGUUGACUGAAUCUGAGGUGGUGUUGGCUGGGAUGGGGACAAAGUUUAACUUCCCUUUGUUUUGAUUGUUAACUCUAUUAUGAUGGUACCUAUAACCCCCAUUGUGCUAGGCAUUGAGCAGACACAUCAUAAAAGGGACAGUCCUUAUUCCAAAGAGCUUACAAUUCCUGAAGCACUGUUUGGCCACUCAAAAAAAGAUUGCUGCAUCCGAAGAAGUGAGGUUUUUACUCACGAAAGCUUAUGCCCAAAUAAAUCUGUUAGUCUUUAAGGUGCCACCAGACUCCUUGUUGUUUUUGUAGAUACAGACUAACACGGCUACCCCCCAACACUCAAAAAAAGUUUGCUUUUUUGCAUGAUAGAGUACCGCCCUCAACCAAAAUUCUCUAUGGAAUUUUCUGCAGCUAAUGUUGAAAUGGACGUGGCCCAUGAAUUUCAGCAAUUUCUCCAGAACACUGAAGCCUAACCACAUGGGAUUGAGUGAAAACGCAUAGUUAUGACCAAGCUCUGCCCUCCGUGCUGGUGUGAACCCUCAGACAUGAUUGGGAGCCUAGAAUACACAUUUAAAAUACAAAAUGUGGCCCUUAGAAUUUAUGGAAAGGUUUAAAAAAAAAGAUGAUUAGAUUUUUCUAGCCAGAUAAAGGUGAAAUGACUUUGUAUGCAUGGGUUAAUAUGAAUCACGUAGUUUGCACAAGCCCAUGUGCUUCAAUUUAUGGAUUCAAAUCUAUGUCCAGAGGAAAGAAAUCCAGCCACAUACAAGUGGUAGUACAGGCGCCCAGUUUAAAUAAGCUUUACUGCCCACAAUGUUUUGAAUACAGAUAAAACUGCCAAAGGAAUGCACAGAUGUUUUAAAAAAAUCAUUACAAUGCUGCUUUGUCACUCUUCUAGGUAACGAUUGCCAUGGCAAAGCCAAAAAGCAUUGUAUUGCAUCAGCAAUAGAUGCACGUCAUGCAAUGGUCCCCGUAUACUAUUACACAGCUGCUGGAAUCACCGUUAAUUACAUUAUACACCAGACAUCGAAGACGCCAAUCCUACAGUUGACAUCAGUCGGAAUCUGUGCAGGCUCACGGGUCUGUCGGCCCAAUACCGAUGGCAGGAUUAAAACCUGUAUUAUCAUAUCAAACAGUAAUCAAAUAGAAAAAUUCAACCAUCUCCAAAAUGUGCAUGUUUUCUUUCUCUGGCAUACCUCGUUAUACUCCGUGUCAGCUAGUAAACUCAAGUAAUAUUCUUCCAGAGGCCUGCGUUCUGCCAUACUUUAGAACAAUGCACUCUCGUUACUCUAUUCAGUCCCGGGCAUGGACUAUACAAGGCUUUCACACACCUUCAGUUUCUGUAGUUUACUUAAAUCUUUGGGGAAAUAAUCCCAUCUGGUAACAUCCAGCUUUUCAGGAAGUUUGGAUCCAGCCCCAAAUGUAAGAGCUCGAGCUUAUCUGUCUUUGCCACAAUAAUCAGCGUGUUGACAAUGUCAAUGGACACAAUCGUUUUAUCCAUUUUACUCAUUGUGGCCCUGAUCCAGCAGUUGGAGCCAUGCAGGGUGUCUGUCUGCAAUCACUCAGAGCCCCCUUGGACAAAUAUAAGUGCUAAUUAUUAUUUUAAAUAACACUUCAAAACAUGAAAUCUGUAAUAUUAAAAAUAUUGUCUCCUGUAGCACUUAGCAACACUAACAACAUCUCCCAUCAUGUACACGCUCCCUGAUUAAUGUCAUGGUGCUUCCGGCAAUCACACGCUUUCUUUUAAGAUGUGCACUAACGCAUUUGCUUUGCUGAGUAAAAUCGUCACAAGCUAUAUAGUUAAAAAGCACUCCCAAUGUAAGCCCGUCUUCAGGCAUUUAUAACGUUAGCAAAUAAUUAUCCUUUGGGAUAAAGGUUGUUGUUAUCCUUUGUUAAUAGUUCCAAGGUUUGUAGUGUUUUGAAUGUUUCAGAUUCCGCACUUUUUGUGAGAUAGGAGCAUGAGAACUUAGUGGAUUUUUUAUCUGUCAGAGGUGUUUCAAGAGGUUUGUUUUCUGAUUGGAUAACUCAAAAGCCUCUAAUUUGGAAAACUGCAAAUUUUCACUGUUUCCCCAUUUGGGUGCUCAAAGCUCGACCCCUCAAUCCAUGUUUAGACAGCUAAAUAGGAGCUUAGCACCUCUGAAAAUCAGAUUACUUUUUUGCUUCAUUUUAGGUAUCCAGGUCUGAAAAUGUGUGCGCCUUGCCCACGGAUAAUUACCUCUGGCAGGCCUGAUUAAAAAUAAUAAUAAUUUACAAACAAUGGUGUUAUCAGAAAACAGCGGUGGCUUUUUGAGGCCAGUGGGCUGGACGUUAGUUAAGGUGUCUAGUCCCCUGCAUAUGUACCUAGAGCCUUAGAUGGGAUCGUACGCGCAUCUAUUUUUAGCGCACUAGCUCAGUCUGAACUAGCAGAGGUAUGUCUCCUCAUGCUAGACAUUACACCUCCAGUUUGACAUACAGAGUCCCCUUCCCUGCUUUGAAUCCAGUACAUUGCCAUCUCCAGCUGCUGCUGUAAAUGGCUUGGAGUGACACUUUUUGUCAACCUUGCUUGCCUACUUUAGCUCUCAAUGGCCUCCAAUGUUAUAUGCUCUGCCAAUGUGCACAGAGACUAUGCGCAGCUGACACAGGGGCCAGGCACAGUGCCCCCUACACGUGCCUACACAAGCAUGCAUGAAUCUGGACCUCUGCAUGUUGGAAGGAAUGUAGCUGCAUCUGUUUCACUUUCUGACCCACCGUUGUUAUCUCUCUCCCUCUCUUUGGCACAGUUGGAGAUCCCAGCAUCUCAGGGAAGAUGCUGAGGCAAAUAAGUGAUUUAUUUUCAUAUUUAGACUUUUAAUAAAAAUACAGGCAUCAAGAACAUAUUCCUAAAUCAGGGAAGCCAAUGCAGAAACUCCACCUGUGUGUAAAAUUGCAUAAUCUUUUAAACUCACAAGUCAGGAACUUGGUGGCCUCACAGAUGCUGUGAAACUCAGCCACAUGCGAUGUAUAUUUUAAGUUGUAAAAGUUAACGCCAUACGCUUAAUUCCAGAUUUCUGAAUUUCCUGACUCUUGUGCAGUUACGUUGCAGUAUUGUCAUUUAUCACUUAAUAAGCAUUGACAUGGACACAGCAACAUAGAUCUAAGCAAGGGAAGGGGAACUAGAUGAACCUGAACCUAGACAGUGCUUUGGCAUUAAGGUACCACAUAAAUAAACAUUCUGCCAUGAGAUUGGCUCUUUUUUUGUGACUGCAGAGUUUAAAGAACAAAUCUGUAGACGUUUUUAUACAGUGGAAUGCCUCAGCGUAGUAUUGGGCGCUGGCUUUAUACGUCCUUGUUUGCACCCAGAUCGUAGAAGCUAGAGAUGGGAAAGACCUAGAUCAUCUACUAUCUCUCUGGCAGUACAAGAAUGUCACCUUACUGUGGAUGUGUCAGAUAUUAAACUACUGUAUGAACAGAGCUGUCCUUGAAAGCCUAGGGUAAGGGUAGGCAACCUGUGGCACGCAUGCCAAAGGUGGCACGCGAGCUGAUUUUCAGUGGCACUCACGCUGCCGGGGUCCUGGCCACCAGUCCGGGGGGCUCU